AAAGCACACCACAACAAACAAACAAAGAGGAGAGAGAGAAGCAAGAGCGAAGCCAACAGGCAACAGUAAUCAGAAUCCCAAACCGGAGGGGGCGGCGUAGCAGCCGAGACCGCAGGAGCACCGAGAGCUCGGACGCGGCCGGCGUGGGAGGGCAUAGGCGUCGGCGACGAGACGACACGCCGCUACGCCCCGCCCUAUCCCGCCGCCGGCGGAUUCGGCCGGAAUCGGAGCCCAGCCGCCGCCGCCGGGGAGCGGCCGCAGCGUGGCCGGAGCAGUCCCCGCCCGUGCCGGCCAAUGCCGGCGUAGCGGUGCCGCCGUAAGGUCCCUGUCUGUCCCGGCCAGUGGCGGUUGGUGCCAACUGCGCGGUAGUACAGUUGCCCAACUUCUCGCUUUUCCGCGUGAAAAUGGCUUUCUACUCUUUUUCCUGUGCCAAGUACAGCCGCUAAACUCCGCCCACGGACUUGUGUGCCCAGAUGAUAAAAUCGCCUAGGACGUGGAGCUGAUCGGAACUGUGUCGUGUACAAGAUAUGUGCAUUAGAGAUUGAAUUUUGCGGUGGCAGUUGUGUUCAAGAUGCUGGGCACCAUGGAGUCACGGAUGGAUCAAUACGAGAUUAUGGAGCAGAUUGGCCGUGGCGCCUUUGGUGCCGCCAUUCUGGUGAACCACAAGACCGAGAAAAAAAAGUAUGUGCUGAAGAAAAUCCGGCUCGCGAGGCAAACAGAGCGCUGCCGCAAGUCUGCUCAUCAAGAGAUGGCCCUUAUUGCCCGCCUUCAACAUCCUUACACUGUUGAAUUCAAGGAGGCAUGGGUUGAGAAGGGUUGCUACGUUUGCAUUGUGACGGGGUACUGCGAAGGUGGCGAUGUGGCUGAACUGAUGAAAAAGGCAAAUGGGACAUACUUCCCAGAAGAGAAACUGCUGAGAUGGUUUGCUCAAUUGGCUCUAGCUGUUGACUACUUGCAUUCGAACUAUGUUUUGCACCGGGACCUCAAGUGCUCAAACAUAUUUCUCACAAAAGAUCAUGACAUCCGUCUUGGGGAUUUUGGCCUUGCUAAGACCUUAAAGGCAGAUGAUCUAACAUCUUCGGUUGUUGGGACACCAAAUUACAUGUGCCCAGAGCUUCUUACCGACAUUCCUUAUGGAUUCAAGUCAGACAUAUGGUCUCUUGGAUGUUGUAUGUAUGAGAUGGCUGCUCAUCGACCUGCUUUCAAGGCUUUUGAUAUGGCUGGACUGAUAAGCAAAAUAAAUCGCUCCUCCAUUGGCCCUAUACCUACUUGCUACUCUCCAUCUAUGAAAACGCUUAUCAAAAGCAUGUUGAGGAAGAAUCCUGAACACCGGCCUACUGCAUCUGAUAUUCUGAAAAAUCCAUAUCUGCAACCUUAUGUUGAUCAGCACCGCGCAUUUACCGCUGUACCGCAUCCCAUGCGAUCACCAGGGAAAUCCAUUACCAGUUCACGGAGCAGUCGGAGGAGCAUGUCUGGGAGCCAAUGUAGCAGCAUUUCUGGCACUGGCAGUGAUUUGGACAGUAUACAAUCAAGUGAAAGAAACACGUCAGGGCUAGCUACAAGUUCCAACAACACCACCAUUGGUACUGAAGGUGCUGAAGCUACUGAUGAUGCGUCAGUUAAAACAUGUUCAACACCACGUGAUCUUAAAAGCCAUAAGGACAUUGAUAGUCCUGAACUGGAGAGACAAGACUCACCUAAAUCCAUACAUGUUGAUCAGCGUCCCAAAUACGGGAGUAAGCAGCCAAAAAUCAUCAAGAAGAUACUAACAACUCUAAGAGAGGAGACUAGUAAGCUCAGGGUAAACAAUUCACCUUUGAGAGCUAGCCGUGUAAAGCUACAUUCACCUAGUCACAGAGAGCUCUUGUCUGAUGAUUCAGAGCAUAACAGUGUUUCCUCCAGUGUAAAAUCUAGUGAAGUGACGCCACAUGCACCAGCAAAGGUCAACCGUGAUACUGUGAAACACAUACAAGCAUCUCCUCCCCUGAAGCAUUUGUCGCCAAUUGUUGAACAUUCUCCAAAAAUUAAGGUCAAAGCGGAUGAGCCGCAGCAGCUAGACCCUACCAAGCAGACAAUUGAAGAUGUUGAUGCUGCUGAAGGGAAGGUCAAGAAUAGGGUUCUACUCAGUUUUAGUAGACGCACCAGCUUCCCUCCCCGUAGACAAAUGGGAGCAGAGAGUCCACAGCACACUGGGACAAAACGAGCUCACAGUAAGGUCACCAUAGAGCAUGCAAAAAGCCCUUCUCGACCUGUCCAUAGUCCAAAAAAUGCUUUUACUGAGCUUCCAGGUGUUCUAAUGGCUCCUCCAAGCCCCCUGGGGGGUAAUCAAAUGAAAGUUGGCAAUUCACAGGCGGAAUGUGCUCCACCCAGAGAUGUAGCAACCAAAGAAGUUAGCAGUGCUUGCUCCAGUUCCAUGAUUGAUUAUGCUGACAGCACCAAGCAGUCUGAACCAUCUGAACCUGAUUCACUAACCCACUUGGAUUCAUCUUGCAAAUGCUCAACGCUGGACACUGCCAUACAAAAGCAUGAUCAAACUGAUAUGCCAAGCUCAGAGCUCAACACCACCAAUUUGCAGAAGAGUAUGGCUAGUAAUGAUGAUAGUAGUGUAAGCUCAGCCUUGGACCCAUCUGUUGAUACAAAUGUGCAAGAAUUUAUUUGCAAGGAUGAUAUUCCCUGCAGUAAGAUGGUGCAGAGCACUCCCACUAUCACUGUACAGAGUGAGGAAGAUAAGUUCACAGUACAAGAACUGCUCUCAUCAGUACCAUACAUUGCUCCUGAUGCUUCAGCAACUAAAACAAUUGCAUUGGACAAAGGAUCCAAUUCCGUCAAUCAUUCAUCAGAGAUAUCACCAGUUCCUUGUUUGAGUCCUCCAGUUGAGGACAUUAUACAUGUCAUAAGGCCCAGCGGUUUCAGCGUCAGUGAUGAGCCGGCAGUAGGGAAUGCUGAAAUGGAAGCCCAAAGCAGAGAUGUUGGCGAACUUUGCGAUGUUAUAAAAGAAGAAGUGGAUGUGAGAAGCAUCACACCAAGCCUUAUACCUUGCGGACUUAUUGGUUCUGCCGCUGUGAAGCCCAACAUUUCAGAAGAUAAUACUAUCGGUCCGAAACUCGCCAAUUCAGAUGUGGCAAAAUUGCCCGCCAUCCCAGAAGCAAAUUCUACUUCUCCGGAGACCAACGGUGCGUUUAAGGAGGAGGCGACCCCAGCAAAGGAAAUACUGGCAACCUCAGCAAAGGAAAUGCUUGAUGUCAAGUCCUUCAGGCAACGGUCUGAGGCUCUUGAAGGGCUCUUGGAGCUUUCUGCCGAUCUCCUGGAAAACAACAGGUUGGAGGAGCUUGCGGUGGUUCUGAGGCCGUUCGGGAAGGCUAAGGUGUCCCCGCGAGAAACGGCGAUCUGGUUGGCCAGAAGUUUUCAAGGGAUGAUGAAUGAUGAAGCGAGUCGCAGCUCAACGUGAGUGCCCGUAACAUUAACCUUUUUCUUUUCUUAUUUAUGCCCUGAAAUAUCGAAAUCUGUAAAGUUUGACCACCUCAGGCCCCCUCAUUUCACGUGCUAUAUGUAUAUUAGUCCCAUGUUUGUGUGAUAGUGGUUCCCAGUUGUAUACGGUACAUUCUGUAAAUAGCCUAGACUUGUAAACGGAAAUAAGACAUGUAAAAAAUAAUGUUAAAUCUGCAUACCAAGGUAUGCAUAUUGAAGGCCCACUAUUUAUCUACUAUCUGUUUAUCAAA